AUGGCUUCUAAAGCAUUUUCACUCUUUUUAUUCACUGUCCUCCUUCUUCCUCUUCUUUCCCAUGGAGCUUCAAGAGACACCAAUAACAAGAAAUCAUCACCCUUUGAUUUUCUCAAGCAUCUAGAAGGAUGUCACAAGGGUGACAAUGUCUCAGGCAUUAAAUUUCUAAAAAGUUACCUUGAACAAUUUGGUUACUUGAACCAUAGCCAUUCCGUAAUGCAAAACCAUACCAAUGAUGAUGAUUUCGAUGAACCCCUAGAGUCGGCCCUUAAAACUUACCAGCUAAAUUUCCACCUCAGCACCACUGGGAUUUUGGAUGCCAAAACAAUAUCCAACAUGAUGAUGCCUCGUUGUGGGGUGGCAGAUAUCAUCAAUGGCAGGGGCGGAGCCACAAUAAAAAUUAAAAAACAUGACCACAACCAUGGCUCUUUUCAUACUAUAUCUCACUAUGCUUUCUUCCCUGGAAACCCCAAGUGGCCAGUUUCAAAGUACAACCUCACCUAUGGAUUUCUCACUGGCACCACAGAUAGAGCCAUGCUCCCAGUUGCACAACCUUUUCGAACAUGGGCAGCCAACACACACUUCACUUUCUCGCGAGCUGAAGACGACACAAUGGCAGAUUUACAAAUUGGUUUUAAAAGUAGGGAUCAUGGAGACAGGUUCCCUUUUAAUGGACCUGGUGGACUCCUUGCCCAUGCUUUUCCUCCAACAGAUGGCAGACUCCAUUAUGAUGCUAAUGACCAAUGGAGUGUGGGAGCUGUUCCAGGUCAAUUUGAUUUGGAGACUGCUGCUUUGCAUGAGAUUGGGCACCUUCUUGGGCUCCAUUAUAGCAAUGUUCAAGGGGCUAUUAUGUGGCCACACAUUUCUCAAGGAAUGACCAAAGGUUUGGACAAAGAUGAUAUCGAUGGAAUUAAAGCAUUAUAUAAUGUUUAA